AUGGUGCUGCUGGGCGCUUACAUUCAGGAAGCGCUGGACUUCUACUCGAUUGGUAAAAGGGGCGAUUUUAAAAGGACCCUGGAGAAAGGCAUAGCCAAAUGCACGACGCCGUAUAAGUCCUACGACAAGGAUCUGGCCAAGGCCUAUGCCCUGCUGGCAAGCCACCAUACCAACCAUGCCUUGAGGAGAAUCAAAUGCCGGACGGCCUUCCAGGCCAUGGCUAUAAACUACUUCGAUCAGUUGGACAGCCUUGGCGAGCAGGAGGAUGCGCACCUUCAGGUGACCAAAGGCUAUCUGUGGAUGCUCUCAUCCAGUCGAGCCCAGGACGCCGAUGCCCUGUUCAUCCGCGUGCUCCAGAAGCAGCCCAGAAAUAUACUGGCUCUGGUGGGACGAGCGUGUCUGGCCUAUAACCACCAGGAUUAUACUGGAGCUCUGGGCUACUUCAAGAGCGUCCUGAUAGUGCAGCCCCAAGGAUUGGUGGACGUACGGGUUGGCAUUGGGCACUGCUUCCGGAUGAUGGGUGAACUGGAGAAAGCUCGUGUGUCGUUUCAAGCAGCUUUGGAGUACAACGCUCAAUGUCAAAACGCGUUCCUUGGCUUGGCCCUACUGAAGCUCAACCAACGCGGGGAGGAUUCCUAUCUGGAGGGGAAAAAACUGCUGGUGGCAGCCUUUGACCAAAACAAGCACAAUCCAGAUGUGCUCAGCAUUCUCGCCAGCCUGUCCUACUUGGAAGGGAAUCAUGAAAUGGUUCGGGAUUUGGCGGGAAAUUCCCUCAGGUCCACCGACAACAAGCAGAUCGAGUCGCAGAACUACCUGCAGAUAGCCAAGAGUUACCAUGCAACAGGGCAACUCGAAGCGGCUAAGAAAUACUAUGUGCUUUCAGUAAAGGUAGCGCCCGAAGGAUAUGUCCUGCCGUACGUGGGAAUGGCGCAAAUGUAUCUGAAUGAAGGCGAAAUCAAUAGAGCCAAGGCUUGUCUGGAAGCGUUCCUCAAGCACGAGCCCGAGGAGCCCUUGGUGUGGAGACUUUUGGCCAACAUAUAUCUUGAGGAAAGGUCCCCAGGACAAAUCGACAAGGCCAUUGAGAUGCUAGUCAAGGUGGUGGAAAGCGCGUCCUGCCGCGAGGCUUUCCAUAGCUGGUUGAGCCUGGCAUUUGCAUAUGAGCAAAAGCGGCUUUGGGCCCAGGCCGUCAAUGCCUACCAGAAGGCAAUUUCCAUUUACUCUGGCGAGGGACAUCACAUACCGAUUGAGUGGCUCAAUAACCUGGCCAACAGCCAACUGAUGGCCAAAAUGCCAGAGCAGGCACUCGAUACCCUUGACGAUGCCCUUUCCAAAUGUAGAACACUGAAUGGGGAGCACAAGACGACCAAUCUGCUCUCAUUGCACUACAAUCGAGGUCUAGUUCUGGAGGAACUCCACAGGUUCGACCUGGCUGUGGAGAACUACAAGAGCAUUUUAAAGAGCUAUCCCACCUACUACGACUGCUAUUUGAGAUUGGGGGUGAUGGCGAUGCAGAAGAAUGAGCUCACCCAAGCCAUUGAGUAUUUCAAGGACGUCCUGAAUGAGGACAACUCAAGUUUGGCAGCCAGAGCCUAUAUGGGCGACUGCUUCAACAGGCUAAGCCUGGACAAAUAUGCCACCUUCAACUAUAACAUGAUCCUCGCCAGCCAAUCUAAUGUGAAGGACACCUAUGUCAGCAUGGCGAUGGGCAAUUUUUGUCUCAAAAAAUUGCAGUCCUGGAUGGCUGGCGGAAAUUUCGGAGCGGCCCGUAGACAGCAAGGGAAGGCCCUUUACUUCUUUGGGAUGGUGCUCGAUGGCAAUCCAAGGAACCUGUGGGCGGCCAAUGGCAUUGGAGCUGUGCUGAGCAGUUACAAAAACCUCUCAGCUGGAGCUGCCAUUUUUAAGCAGAUUAUCGAGUCGGGGAAUAAGUGUCUUCCCGCCAUACUGAACUCGGCUCACAUAGCGCUAGAACGUGGCCAAUACCGGCUGGCCAUACAGACCUAUGAGCGAUGCCUGAAGGAGUUUCUGCCCAAAAACUGCGUGGCCGUAAUGCACUACUUGGCCAAAGCUUUGUAUGACGAGGGUGAUACCCGACAAGCCAAGAAGUGGCUGCUCAAAAUCCGCCUCUUGGUCCCCCAAGAUCCAUUUGUGCUCUUUAAUUUGGCCCUGACGAUUAAGAAGGAGGCAGAUCAAGCGUUGGCUCUUCCACGGCCCCAACUAGACGAACUCAAGAGUAUCCAGGACCAGCUCAACGUGGCAUACAACUUUUUUUACCAUUUGUAUCUCAAUUGCCCCAAAAUCUCGGUGCGAGCGACGGCCAAGUAUGCCAACGAAUGUCAAACCCUAAUGGUCGAGUUGGUUGCUAAGCAAGAUCGAAUUCGCGAAUUGCAUACAUCGGCAGAGGACCGCAUAAAGCUGCAAAACGAACGAUUCCACGCCCACUUGGAGCAUCUGCGUCAGCAGGAUCUGCAGCGGGAGGAGGAGGAGCGAGUGCGACUGGAGAAUCAGAUAGCUCAGCGAAGGGAGGUCCUGGAACGCACUAGAAAGAUCAUUGGCGCACCCUUACCGCCUAAGGUGCCCAAAAAGUCUGCGGGAAAUGGGCGUGCCAGUAAAAAUCCGAAUAAAAAGGGCGAUAAAGCCAGAGAUGGAACCGCCAAAAAGACGACCCACAAAAGAGCUGCGACCAAGGAACGGGAUCUCGAGCCUUUAAAAAACAAAUCUGGGGAAUUCGUAGAUACUAACUACUAG